AUGCUGAGGAUGCGGACGGCGGGGUGGGCGCGCGGCGGGUGCUGGGGCUGCUGCCUCCUCCUGCCGCUCUGGUUCAGCCUGGCCGCCGCCAAGCAGCUCCUCCGGUACCGGUUGGCCGAAGAGGGCCCCGCCGACGUCCGGAUCGGGAACGUGGCUUCGGACUUGGGCAUCGUGACCGGCUCGGGCGAGGUGACUUUCAGCCUGGAGUCGGGCUCGGAAUACCUGAAGAUCGACAACCUCACCGGGGAGCUGAGCACCAGCGAGCGGCGCAUCGACCGCGAGAAGCUGCCCCAGUGUCAGAUGAUCUUCGACGAGAACGAGUGCUUCUUGGACUUCGAGGUGUCGGUGAUCGGACCCUCGCAGAGCUGGGUGGACUUGUUCGAGGGUCGGGUCAUCGUGCUGGACAUCAACGAUAACACGCCCACCUUCCCGUCUCCGGUGCUCACGCUCACGGUGGAGGAGAACCGGGCUGUCGGGACGCUCUACCUGCUGCCCACCGCCACCGAUAGGGACUUUGGGCGCAACGGCAUCGAGCGCUACGAGCUGCUCCAGGAGCCCGGGGGCGGCGGCGGCGGCGAGGGCCGCUCCAAGCGGCGGCCCCCCGAUGCUUCCGAGGGCGGCGGCGGCGAUGGGGCCACCCCCGGCGGGCGCAGCAGCGUGUUCGAGCUGCAGGUGGCCGACACCCCGGACGGCGAGAAACAACCCCAGCUGAUCGUGAAGGGCGCCUUGGACCGCGAGCAGCGGGAUUCCUAUGAGCUGACCCUCCGGGUGCGGGAUGGCGGAGACCCUCCCCGCUCCUCGCAGGCCAUCCUGCGGGUGCUCAUCACCGAUGUGAACGACAACAGCCCCCGCUUCGAAAAGAGCGUGUACGAGGCCGACCUGGCCGAGAACAGCGCCCCGGGCACCCCCAUCCUGCAGUUGCGCGCGGCCGACCUGGACGUGGGGGUCAACGGGCAGAUCGAGUACGUGUUCGGGGCGGCCACCGAGUCGGUGCGGAGACUGCUGCGCCUCGACGAGACCUCGGGCUGGCUCAGCGUCUUGCACCGGAUCGACCGCGAGGAGGUGAACCAGCUGCGCUUCACCGUCAUGGCCCGCGAUCGGGGCCAGCCCCCCAAGACCGACAAAGCCACGGUGGUCCUCAACAUCAAAGACGAGAACGACAACGUGCCGUCGAUUGAGAUCCGCAAGAUCGGCCGCAUCCCCCUGAAGGACGGGGUGGCCAACGUGGCGGAGGACGUGCUGGUCGACACCCCCAUCGCCUUGGUCCAGGUGUCGGACAGAGACCAGGGGGAGAACGGGGUCGUCACCUGCACCGUGGUGGGCGACGUGCCUUUCCAGCUGAAGCCAGCCAGCGACACAGAGGGCGACCAGAACAAGAAGAAGUACUUCCUGCACACGUCCGCCCCUCUGGACUACGAGACCACCCGCGAGUUCAACGUGGUCAUCGUGGCGGUGGACUCGGGCAGCCCCAGUCUCUCCAGCAACAACUCCCUGGUUGUCAAGGUAGGCGACACCAACGACAACCCGCCGGUGUUCGGCCAGUCCGUGGUGGAGGUUUAUUUCCCGGAGAACAACAUCCCGGGGGAGAGGGUCGCCACGGUGCUGGCGACCGACGCGGACAGUGGGAAGAAUGCCGAGGUCGCCUACUCCCUGGACUCGUCGGUGAUGGGGACCUUUGCCAUUGACCCCGAUUCCGGGGACAUCCUGGUCAACACGGUGCUCGACCGCGAGCAGAAUGACAGGUACGAGUUUAAAGUGAACGCCAAAGACAAAGGCGUCCCCGUGCUGCAGGGCAGCACCACGGUCAUCGUGCAGGUGGCUGACAAGAACGACAACGACCCCAAGUUCAUGCAGGACGUCUUUACCUUUUACGUGAAAGAGAACUUACAACCCAACAGCCCCGUGGGCAUGGUCACCGUGAUGGAUGCCGACAAGGGACGCAACGCGGAGAUGAGCCUGUACAUUGAGGAGAACAGCCACAUUUUCUCCAUUGAAAACGACACGGGGACCAUUUACUCCACCAUGUCUUUUGACCGGGAGCAUCAGACCACAUACACUUUCCGAGUCAAGGCUGUGGAUGGGGGAGAGCCUCCCCGAUCCGCCACCGCCACCGUCUCGCUGUUCGUGAUGGAUGAGAAUGACAACGCGCCCACGGUCACCCUGCCCAGGAACGUUUCCUACACUGUCCUGCCACCUUCCAGCAAUGUCAGGACAGUCGUCGCCACGGUGCUGGCCACGGACAGUGACGAUGGCAUUAAUGCAGACCUGAACUACAGCAUUGUGGGAGGGAAUCCCUUCAAGCUGUUUGAGAUUGAUCCCACCAGUGGUGUGGUUUCCUUAGUGGGAAAACUCACCCAAAAGCACUAUGGCUUGCACAGGUUGGUGGUGCAGGUGAACGACAGUGGGCAGCCUUCCCAGUCUACCACCACGCUGGUGCACGUGUUUGUUAAUGAGAGUGUUUCUAACACAACUGUGAUCGACUCCCAGAUUGCCAGAAGUUUGCACACCCCUCUCACCCAGGACAUAGCUGGUGACCCCAGCUAUGAAAUUAGCAAACAGAGACUCAGUAUUGUCAUUGGGGUGGUUGCUGGCAUCAUGACAGUGAUUCUGAUCAUUUUAAUUGUUGUGAUGGCCAGGUACUGUAGGUCCAAAAAUAAAAAUGGCUAUGAGGCUGGCAAAAAGGAUCAUGAAGACUUUUUUACACCCCAGCAGCACGACAAGUCUAAAAAGCCUAAAAAGGACAAGAAAAAUAAGAAGUCAAAGCAGCCUCUCUACAGCAGCAUUGUCACUGUAGAAGCUUCCAAGCCAAAUGGACAGCGCUAUGACAGUGUCAAUGAGAAGCUGGCGGACAGCCCAAGCAUGGGGCGAUACCGAUCUGUUAACGGUGGGCCUGGGAGCCCCGACCUGGCCAGGCAUUACAAAUCCAGUUCCCCAUUGCCUACUGUCCAGCUUCAUCCCCAGUCGCCAACUGCAGGCAAAAAACACCAGGCUGUACAAGAUCUACCACCAGCCAACACAUUUGUGGGAGCAGGAGACAACAUUUCAAUUGGAUCAGAUCACUGCUCUGAGUACAGCUGUCAAACCAAUAACAAGUACAGCAAACAGAUGCGUCUACAUCCACACAUUACCGUGUUUGGCUGAAUUCCACUCUUAUAUGAUGCUCAUUUUGCACCAUACUUUGAUGAACUAGCUACCAGGAAACCUGCUGGAACCUGCCCUUGGCCGUGGGGUGUCAGCCAAUCACUGUUUGUUACACUUGCUGUGCAUUUUGUUUCCUUUCUCCUAUCAGGGAAAAUAGUGGGAAAAUAAACCUACAGAAGAAACAGUAUUAAUUUAGAAAUUUGCUACUCGUGGAUGUCCCAGUCACUCAGAAUUCCAUCCUCAAAGGGAUGGUUAGCACCUUUUAGACACGAUAGUGAAAUCGUUAGAGACAAAUAUACAAGUUUAUUUUAGCAAUAAUUUUUAAGACUGGCUUUCUGUGAACAAAGGAAAAAUUAAAUCUUAUACCUUUUUUGUCUUUAGUCCAUUCAAUAGAGACUUCAAAUAAAAUCUGAAUUGAUCAAUAUUUCCUGUGUCAUGUAAUCGAAGCUUUGCCAAGGCCAGUCAGCUAGUUCUGCCAAAGGAAACUAUUGUGGUGUUUUCCCCAUUAUGUGUGUACACACAUCUAAAUGUUAUCUUUUGUGUCCGUGUUUGUAUUUACACAUGUAAUAUGCAAAGACUUGGGGCAGUAUUUAUAAAAGUAUUUUCUGCAAUACAAUUUUGAGAGUUUGGUUUUGUAUUUAUCAGAGACACUCACUACAAUGGAUUGAUUUUUUUUCCUUAAUCUUUUUUCUCUCUCCUUUUUUUUUUUUAAAUUUUCAAGAUGUUUAUUUGUGUUUUUUUAUGAAUUCCUUUAAAACAUGAACACAUUUUCAGGUAGAUUUGAUGAGGAGGAUCAGAUGGCUUCCAGUUUUGUGGACUGCAUUCAUUGGAAGGUUGUUCUGUUUGGUGUCAGAUAAUAUAAAUGAAAGCAGUUUUAAAACUUCAGUAUGUUCUUGAGACAAUGAGUGACAUGGUUUUAGUUGUAUUAAUGAUCUAGGUACCCCCUCCAUUUUCAUGUUUGUGUAUUUAUGUGUCUGUUAUGUCAUGUGUGUUAAUGUCCCUAAAUUAAUGCACUGUAUGUAAAAUAUUAUUUUAUUAGAUAUUUACUAUACCACCUCCACUA